AUGUCAAGGUCGCUUCAACUUAAAGAUGAGGGGAACAGAUGUUUCAUGGCCGGCGAUUAUGUCGGCGCCGAAGCACUCUACUCUAAAGCUUGUUCACCCGCAAAUAGCAUCAUCGCAGACGCCAGGAACCCGGCUCUUUACACCAACCGCGCCAUGGCCCGUCUCAAGUUAAAUUACUGGGACUCGGUCGUUACUGACUGCGAAGCUUGCCUCCAGCUCACACCCGACAACAUGAAAGCUCGCUAUUAUCUUGCCGAAGCACAACUAGCUCUCCGGGAUUAUGACGCUUCUCUAGACAGCGCACUGCACGCGCAUAAGCUGUGCGCCGCCACCAACGACCGGUCACUCGCUGCGGUCACGAGUCUUGUUUUGCGCUGCAAGAAGGAGCGCUGGGACGAUCUCGAGAAGAAGCGCAUGCGCCAAGCAAAGGAUCUCGAAAGGGAGGUGCUAGAUAUGUUGACCAGAGACAAAGAGGCGGCGCUUGCGGAGACGGAGGACGGCAUGGAGAAGCAGGAGAUUGAGGAGGAGACUCAAGCCAAGAUCGAGAGGAUGGAAAACAUCUUUGAAAUAGCAAGGGCGGACGCUGAGAAGAAGAGAGAGAUUCCGGACUGGGCGAUUGACGAUAUCAGCUUUGGAUUCAUGAUUGAUCCAGUUGUGACAAAAACCGGAAAGUCGUAUGAGCGUUCAUCCAUCAUGGAGCAUCUCCGACGGCAUCCAAGCGACCCUCUCACCCGCGAACCGCUUACCACUUCGGAGUUGCGGCCAAACCUAGCGUUGAGGCAAGCCUGCGAGGAGUUCUUGGAGAACAACGGCUGGGCUGCCGAUUGGUAG